GUGUUGGCGGUGUUGGUGCCGUGUGCAACGCCGGUGUCUAGCUUGCUUUGGAACGCUGUGAAGUUACGUCGCAGGAAAUUGUAUCAUGUCACGGAGGUCGGCGCCCGAUAGCCCCUGGCAGAACGGGGUGCCGCCGUUUGGUCUCGGCCAGCAGUUCAGUCCGAUGAUGAAUGUUAGCCCCGUGUGGGGCCAGGCUAACCUCCCCUUCAUGGGCGGCGGGAACAUGAUGUCCCCCGACAUGAUGAGGUUCGGAGGCAACGUUUCCUCUCGUUCAAACUUUAGACGCUACUACGACCAGCCGGACAACCGCUACAGAGGCCAGCAGAGAAACCGCGGUGGCGGCGGUUAUGGGGACAACAAUGGCCGCUACGGCAGGAACCAGCAGAACAGCGGCCGCGGAGAAAGCAGGAAGCGCUUCGCUAACCGCGGAGACGGCGACCGCUCGCCACCGGCCAAGCGACCCAACCUGAGCAAGAAGGAGGCGCCCAAGAAGGUGGAGAAGGCCAAGCAGAAGGUUGAGGGUGACGAGGCGGAAGAAGCCGUGCCUCGGGAGGAGGAAGAGGAAGAGCUGUACGACCCCGCAGAGCCCACCAACGACGCCGCGGAGGCGGCCACCAACGGAGACGCCGAAAAAGAUGGCGUCGCAGCAGAUGAGGAGCCGUCUUGCCAGGAAUCGGAAGGCAAGGAGAGCGAGGCGGCAGCCGAUUCUGCCGCGGUGAAUGAUGAGGGAGGGGCCGACGGCGAGGCCGAGCAGGCCAGGGAGGAGGGAGGCGAAGGAGACGAGGCGGCACCCAAGGCCAAGGAGCCGGUCAAGGCUGCUGCCAGUGCCGAAACGACAGAAGCAGAUGGGACGGAGGUAUCCGUUGGUGCUAGCCCAAGUCCAGAGAAGGCAGAGGAGGCCACCCCAGCAGCCAAGCCCAGUGCCACCCCCUCCAAGGCUGCCGAGGGUAAGGUGCCCGUCAAGACCCCCGAGGGCAAAGCGUCAACCGCCAAGACUCCUCCGGCUGCCAAGACCCCUCAGCCUGGACAGAAGGGACCGUCCAGGCCCGCCAGCGAGGCCAGCGCCAAGUCCGACAGCAGGAGGGAGCAGGAGUCCAAGGGUUACCAGAAGAAGGGCAGCCAGCGUGGCAAGGGCUGGUGCACCGUCUGCGAGCUCCACUUUGUCGGCAGCUUCCUGGACCACAGGAGGGCAGAGGACCACAAGAUCAAAAGAGACGAAAAGUACCCCAAGUGCCACCCCUGCAGCAUGGGUUUCAACAACAAAAAGCAGUUCGAACUGCACUGUGCUGGAGACUUCCAUCGUAAGAACGUGGAGGUGCUUGAUAACGAAGUCGACGAGACUGCUGGACCGCUAGGAGAGGAGUAUCUGGAGGAAGCUGCUGCAUUCUUCUGCACCCUGUGCAAGUUGUUGCUCAAGGCCGACAUGAAGACGAUGCAUUGCCGCACCCAGGGCCACUACCGCAGACACAGGGACCUGAAGCGCAAGGAGGAGGCAGCCCUGAAGGCCCAGCAGGCCAAGGAGGAGGCUGAGAAAAAGCAGAAGGAGGAAGAGGAGGAGGAGGACGUGAGCCAGAUGGCCUUCACCAUCACGGAUGAGAUUGUGAGCGACGACGAGGGCAAGGCCGACGCUGGUGCCCCGACAGACAAGGCCCCUGCCGCGGAGGCACCAGAAGCCCCCGUGGAACCAGAGAAGGAGGAGGAACGAACUGUCCAGCCCCCCGUGGAAGAGAACAAGGAGGAGGAGAAGGAGCCAGAGACAAACGAGCAAAGAGAGGAUGAGGCCUCCGAAACCAUGGACACCGGUGAAGCCGGGCAGAAAGAAGCCGCACCUACGGAAGAAGCACCUCCCGCAAAGAAAGAGAACGUCGCGGAACCUGCGGCGAACUCGAAGGUUGCGGUCCGCGGUCGUGGGAGGGGCAAGGUGACCAGGGGGGGACGCAAGAAGUAGGUCCGGGGACGGAGGGGGUUACAGGACCUGGGAUGCGAGGCUGGGUAGAGUGGUACAGAGCGAGAGCCCCCGCAACUUCCAGUGCACUUUGGUGGGGGCACCGUUGCCACAUGUACUUUUUUUUUUUCCUUAGGCAAAGGAAGAUAUUGAGAUAAAAGGCCCAAGGUCUCUCACUCCUCCAUUCAUUUUUUUCUUGCAUUUGGGAGAGGCAUGAAUGGUUUAACGGUGUUGCUUUUUUUCUCUCCUCAUCAGCAACUUUGUUAACUCUUGAUGCACUAAAAUAUAUAUUUUUUUGCAUUGGUAAAUUGCUAGCACUCGGUCCUAAUGGGGCAUUUGGGGUAAAAGGACCAGCCGGACCUCCUUCGGUUUCACUUUAAGAACUCAUAGAAGGUUUUUUGUUAUGUAAAUAUGUUCAUGUUUCAGUGUUGCCCACAAUAUCUGCUGUAUCUGCUCAUUGCUGCAAUUUCUUGUGUGAAAUAAAGUCUAUGUGUCACAUUGGUCA